AUGUCAAACUCCACGGCUCGAGAACUAAUACGCAGGCUCACAUUCAAUCAUUCGCCCAUAAUCACAGCUUUCUGCGUGCUCUCAACCGGCCUCGUCGUGCUCGCAGCAUACUUUUGGUCCGUAGUGGAAAAGGUCAAUAUACCAAUCACCCCUGGGCUCGCCGAAGCCGCAACGUUCCUCCCCGCGGCCAACUUUGCCGCAAUGCGCUACAUCGCCAAAAGGCCGCGCGGCGCCCAAAACAGGCGGCCCGAAUGGGACAUCAAGACCGGCAUCAUCUCGAUCCUGCUGAUCAUCAUUGACACCGUCGUCGUGACCCAGUCGCUCAACAACAUGCCCAAGUCUGCCAUCGGCUGCACGCUCGAGCGGACAUGGCGGGCCUGGUUCCGCACAAAGGACGCGGCCCACAUCAAGGCGGUCCAGGAGGCGCUGAACUGCUGCGGGUUCAACACGUUUAAGGACCAGGCGUGGCCGUUCCCGGAUAACGAUACGAAGGCGGAGCAGUGUUCGUUGCAGAGUAAGACGCGUACGCCGUGCUAUCAGCCGUGGAGCCAGACACACCAGUUGUCGGCCAGUGUGUUUAUGAUGGUUGCAGCGGUGACGCUGCUGAGCAAGGGGAUUAUCUUUCUUUCCUACUGUAUGAAUAGUAGAAAGCAGAACCAGGCACCGGGCACGCAGAGGCUGUUGGCGGAUGGGCCGGUUAAUGGCGACCAGCAUAAUGGGACGAGCCGUGCUAUUGCGGGACUGAGGAUUAGGCCUGACGAGAGGGCGAGGGCGCUGGAGAAUAAUGACGAUGAUAUCGAGAGCGUUAUUGACGAGAACUCGAGGCUGUUGAAUAAUGGCCAGACUACGUAUGAGACGCCGGGGCAGCUGGAGAGUGGUGAAAGACCGAUUUUGGCCAACGCUGAUAAUAGCGUGUGGGAUAACGAAUAUAGUCGUGGGGGUCAUAGGUAG